AUGGAGCCAGCCAUUGACAUAGCCACGGGCCAGCCCCUGCCGCCCGACGCCAUCCAGCGCAUCCUCUUUCUCGCGCCCGCCAUCCACGUCUACAACAUCCCCCCGCUCACGAGCAACAAGGGCCACACAGCCGCCCACUGGACCGCCGACAACAACCAGCGCCUCAUCUUCACCGCCCGCCUGCGCGUGCUCGAGACGGCGUGGGAGGACGACGCCUCGGCCGGCCGCGAGAAGAUCAAGGUCGACAUUGUCCUCGAGGACCCCGCCACCGGCCAGCUCUUCGCCGCCGCCCCCUACACCGCCCCCGCCGUCGUCGAGCCCGUCCUCGACAGCUCGCGCUUCUUCGCCCUGCAGGUUCGCGACCCCUCUGGCCGCAAGGCCCUCCUCGGCAUCGGCUUCGAGGAGCGCAGUGACGCCUUUGACUUUGGCGUCGCCACCCAGGAGGCCCAGAAGAGCCUUGGUCUCGACGGCGGGCCCGGUGCCGGGGGCCGCAGCAGCAGCGGCCACACGAACUCGAGCACGCAGCCGGCGCCGGCGAAGGAGGAACAGAAGAGGGAUCUCAGCCUGAAGGAGGGCGAGACCAUCACCGUCAACCUUGGCGGCAAGUUCGGUCGCAGGCGGCCUCAGCAACAGCAAAACGACACAGCGCCUUCGGGCGGCGGCCUUUCAUCCUUCUCGCUACCGCCGCCGCCUUCGGCUUCGAACGCUGGCUCACGGGGGAGUGGCCUGCUGCCACCGCCGCCGCCGAGCGCGUCGCAGCAGAGGGAGGAGAGGGAGAGGAAGAGACGGUCUGCACAGGACCUGGGCUUUGACGAUGGCCAGUUUGGCGAAUUUGCGUAG